AUGAACAAGCCUCUGUUCAUGCAUAUUGUGUGGAAACUUUCCAAUAAAGUCCCAUACUUUGGCCAGAAGAAAGAUGCUCUCGGAAGGUGUAGUCUUUCUGCACUUCAAAAGUGUACAGCAGCCAUACGUCUUUUAGCAUACGACACUGCAGCUGACACGGAAGCAUCGACUGUAUGCAUUAGGAGUGGAAGAAUUGCCCUACCACCUGGAAAGGGCAAUAUUCACGAGGAUCGGGAAAACCCACAAUCGUUUUUAGAGGCGGUUGCAUCAUAUGAUCUGUGGAUAUGGCAUGCGUUUUUUGGACCCCCAGGUACCUUAAACGACAUAAAUGUGCUUGAUCGCUCACCUGUUUUUGAUGAUAUCAUACAAGGUCGAGCUCCGAAAGUAAAUUUCUCGGUCAACGGAACGGAGUAUAAUUUGGCAUAUUAUCUAACAGAUGGCAUCUAUCCAAAAUGGACAGCAUUUGUCCAAUCAAUUCCACUUCCACAAGGAGAAAAAGCACGUGCUUUUGCUCGACAUCAAGAAUCUGUCCGAAAAGAUGUGGAACGUGUUUUCGGGGUCUUGCAAGCUCGAUUUGCUAUUGUUAAAAAUCCAGCUCUUUUUUGGGAUAAAGCUAAAAUUGGAAAAAUUAUGAGAGAUUGUAUCAUAUUACACAAUAUGAUAGUACAAGACGAAAGAGACAGGUACAGUCUACUUGAUGUUUCAGAUUUCGAACAAGGAGAAGGAAGUGGAGGUGGUAAUGUCAAUAAUACGUUUCAAACGAAUAUGCCCUCAAGGGUUACUAAUAUGAUGGCUGCUCGACUAAGAGUACGGGAUAGUCAAAUUCAUCAUCAACUGAAAUUCGAUCUGGUUGAGCAUAUAUGGCAACAAUUUGGAGAAAAUUAGCCAAAUAAUUGAGUUUUUAUUCCUAUGUUUUAUUUAAUAAUCAACUUUCUGUAUUAAGUGUUAAUGUUAUGAAUGUUGUAAUCAAAUAAUUAGAUUUUUUUUAAAUAAAACAUAUUUCUUUAAACAAA